AUGCAAAAUAAUAAUGUUAUACCGAAUGCAGUGGUAGCUGCUGAUCCAACUAUAGUACCUGGUGCAGAUGAAAGUAAACUACAGGUAAUGAAUGAUACGGAUCUAACUAUUUUCUUUCUAAUACGACCGGACACAGCAUUCAAUCAGUACCCAGAUCAACCGGCGAUGAACGCACAGAAGGGCAGUGUCAAUGGAAAAUCUUCAACCAUCUACGAGGUGAGCAGCGUAAAAUCCUAUGUAUCGGUGUUUAUCAUCGACAAGCAACUCUAUUACAACGUCUUUAUGGAUAGACUAAUCAGUCAAGGUAACUGCCUCAGAUUUAAACAAUCACACAUCAAUAGCGCUAGACAGGGACUACCAAGAUAUUUCAAUGCGAAAUUCGUAGAGACACAACCACCACCACCACCACCACCCGUCGAUAAUGCUGCUCACAAUCAAAUAGAUCCUGGCGCAGAAGGUUACAAAAAACAGUAG